UUUACACUUUGAACUAACUGCAGAGACCCCAUGACGACCAAAGCCCCAGCAAACCUGCGUUUGGGCUAUUGCUAGGCAACACUAAACAACACAAGGCCAGCUUCGUUCAAAAUGGACGAGUUUCAAUCAGAGGAGACUGCGUUUGCUGUCGAUGAAAUCACCGACAUCAUCAAAGAAGCGGUGGAGACCACAAUCGGCAAUAGCUCUUACCAGCACAAUCGAAUUAACCAGUGGACAUCGAGUGUGGUGGAGGCUAGCCUGAAUCAGCUGACCAAACUGGGCAAACCCUUCAAAUACAUUGUGACCUGCAUCAUCCUACAGAAGAAUGGGGCGGGGCUACACACCGCCAGCUCCUGCUUCUGGGACAACACAAUGGACGGAAGCUGCACAGUGAAAUGGGAGAACAAGACCAUGUACUGCAUCGUCAGUAUUUUCGGGCUUGCCAUCUGAGGGACCCCACCACCAAGCUUUCCUCAGGGGGGGGGGGGGUAACCCUGAUCCCGGAGCACCAGAGAUGUUUAUGGUUUUCCUUCCACCCGGAAAAGGUCAACUGAGGUCAAUUCCAUUUCAGAUCAGAUCAGUCAAUUGAAGAAAUUAAUUUAAAUUCUGUCGAUGAUGAAAAUUUGAAAAUUGACUGA